AUGGAGUGUAGCGAUUCGAUAAGCAAUUUGCCAGACGAGAUUCUUGGCAAAAUCCUGUCUUUAAUUCCGACAAAAGGGGCUGCUUCCACAUCGGUUCUGUCAAAGAGAUGGAGGAAUCUGUUGGGGCUUGUAGACACCGUGUGGUUGGAUGAGUCGAUGGUUGUGUAUGCCGACGAAGAAGAAGAGACGAGAGGUUUGCGUGUCUUGUGUGAUUUCUUGGACAGGGCAUACGCUCUUUUAAGCAAUGCUCCCAUGAAGAAAUUCUCAUGCUCUUUGUCUAGUAUAGGGGAAGAUGAUAUCCGUCGUGUGAGCUCUUGUGUCAGCCGUUGGAUUUGGACUUCCAUGGAACGCGGUUCAUCGGAAAUACACUUUCACGCAAACCCGAGGUCUGUUUUAGUGUUGGAAACUAAAUUGCUAACGAGUGACACACUGGUUAAGCUCACACUAUCCGGUAGCUGUUGUCUUCAAGUGGAGCGUGUGUAUUUCCCAGCGCUCAGCCCUGCGCUGGAAGAGUUACACGUACGUGAUGAUGGUGUCGAUCGUGUGAACUCUUGUGUCCACCGUUGGAUUUUGACUGCUAUGGAACGCGGCUUAUCGGAAAUACACUUGCACGCAAACCCGUGGUCUGCUCUAGGGUUGGAAACUAAGUUGUUAACGAGUAACACACUGGUUAAGCUCACACUGUCCGGUAGUUGUUGUCUUCAAGUGGAGCGUGUGUACUUCCCAGCGCUCAAAUCACUCUCUCUCGUAUCAGUUCGGUUUGAUUAUGACAACUAUUGUCGGCUUCUAAGUGGCAGCCCUGCGCUGGAAGAGUUACACGUACGUGAUGAAGAUCCGGAGCAGCCAAUCUGUUGGAAUUGUUGCGGUAGGGACGUGAAUAGUGCAUCCCUCAAGCGGUUUGUGUUUUUUACCAACCAUCCCAAUUGUGAAGCUGAUGACGAUCUGUUUGUUGUUCAUGCACCAAGUCUUGUCUUCUUGGACUAUUCUAGUUAUGUCUACCCCAAGUAUCGGUUUCGUGAUUUGGAUAUGCUUGUCGAAGCCAGGCUGAAUAUCAGGUUGUGGGUGUCAACUAACGAUUAUGAUGACUAUGAUGGUUAUGAUUAUGAUGAUGAUGAUGACGAUGAUGAGGACGAUGAUGAUGAUGACGAUGACCGUGGUUAUUAUUCUGUUGGUAGAGUUAAACCAAAUCCUAUAUCUGGUAAUGUGACUGGCCUAGUUGCGGGGAUAAGCAACAUAACGACCCUUCACUUAUCUUCUGAUUCCCUUGAGGCGUUUCAUUUCUGUUGUAAAUCAAUGCCGGUGUUCAACAAGCUCCUUAAUUUAUCCAUUGAGAGCAACAAAGAAAAAGGUUGGCAAGUAAUGCCACUUCUGCUCAAGAGUUGUCCUACUCUAGAGACUUUAGUCUUCAAGGGUCUUGAGCACAGAGUAACAAAUAGAUGCGGAGAUGCAUGCGCUUGCAUCCCUAAGAAGAAGAAGAGGAUGAAGAAGAAGAUGAAGAAGGAGGAGAUAUGUUGUUUAUGGACGUGUCAAGUGAAGGUGCUAGAGAUUUCAGAAUAUGGUGGUUCUUUCCAAGAGCUGAAACAGAUGAGACAUUUCUUGGGCAAUUUGAAAUGUCUUGAAACUGUGAGAGUUGAUCUUGGCGUGGAGAGUAAGUUCUUGCGAGCUAAUGUUAAGUCUCUCCCGAGACUUUCAUCAAAGUGCAACAUCCAAUUCAUCUGA